GACCCAGUUCAGGAGCUGAUUUACGAUUUGAGAAGUCAGUGUGAUGCAAUUAGAGUAACAAAAACCGUUCGGCCCUUCAGCAUGGUGUGUUGCCCAGUGAAUGAGAAUUCUGCGGCUCUCAUAGUCAGCGAUGGCAGGGUAAUGAUCUGGGAAUUAAAAUCCAACGUUUCUGGCAGAAAUGUGCGAAGCAGCAGUUCAAGUGCGUCGCCUUUGUAUUCCCCUGUUUCAUUCUGUGGAAUUCCUGUAGGAACAUUCCAAAAUAAACUUCCAGAUCUUUCAUUAGACAACAUGAUAGGGCAAGGCACAGCUGCUGCAGAAGAGCAGUCAAAAUGUCCUUUUCUGCAAGAAGUACACCUGAAAUUUCUGCUGACUGGGCUUCUUUCAGGACUUCCCUUGCCUCCGUUUGCUAUCCGCAUGUGCCCACCUCUUACGACCAAAAACAUUAAGCAAUACGAGCCACUCCUUGCUGUUGGUACAAGUAAUGGUUCUGUCUUGGUGUUUAAUCUUACAAGUGGACUGUUACACAAAGAGAUAAGCAUCCAUUCCUGUGAAGUCAAGGGAAUCGAGUGGAUAAGCCUGACUGGUUUUCUUUCCUUUGCCACAUCAACACCUAACAAUUUGGGGCUAGUCAGGAAUGAGCUGCAGCUGGUGGACUUACCAACAGGCAGGAGCAUUGCAUUUCGUGGGGAGCGAGGUAAUGAUGAGCCAGCUAUUGAAAUGAUAAAGGUGUCUCAUUUGAAGUAAGUAGAUUUCUUUAUUGUU